AUGGACAAGAUCGGCCAAUACAACGUCGUGCACCGCUUGCAAAAGCGCUCCUUGCUCGUAGCUAUCAAUUGCGUAGCAGCGCUCAGUAUCUUCUUUUUCGGUUAUGACCAGGGGAUGAUGGGCGGAGUAAACAACGCGCCCCAUUACAUCAACACCAUGAAGAUCGGCUACGUAACCACGAUCAACGGUUCAAAAAACACCCCUGUGAUAACCGACUCGCUCUUACAAGGUGGGAUCGUCAGCGUCUACUACCUCGGCACGCUCGUCGGGGCCCUCUUGGGUGGGUUGGUAGCGGAAAAGUAUGGGAGGAUCAAGACGGUCGCUUUCGGAGCAGCGUGGGCGGUCUUCGGAGCGGCUUUACAGUGUACGGCUCAGAAUCAUAAUUGGAUGAUCUGCGCCCGUCUUAUCAAUGGCGUGGGGACCGGCCAACUGAACGCGGUCGUCCCCGUCUGGGCGACCGAGACGGCCGAACACACCUCUCGAGGUCAAUUCAUCGCCAUCGAGUUUACCUUGAACAUCUUCGGCGUGGUAGUCGCUUACUGGCUCGAAUACGGCCUCUCCUUUAUCGACGGCGGUCUCUCCCCCUGGCGCUGGAGGUUCCCCGUCGCCUUCCAGAUCCUCCCCCUUCUCAUCUUGCUCGGGUCCGUCUUCUUCUUCCCCGAAUCCCCACGAUGGCUCGUCAAACAAGGCCGCCACGAAGAAGCUCGUUACAUCCUCGGUCGACUCCGAGGGAACACCGAGGAGAGCGACAUCGUGAGGGCCGAAGCCGAGUUCAAGGAGAUCCAGGGUGUGGCAGAACUGGAGUUAUCCAACGCUAUGCCGACGAAUUAUUGGUCCAUGCUGGUCGGGAGUGGGAAUAACGAUUUGCAUAUCGCCAGGAGGGUACAGUUGGUCAUCUGGUUACAGAUCUUGCAGGAAUGGGUCGGGAUCGCGGGUGUCACCAUCUACGCUCCUACAAUCUUCAGGCUCGCGGGAUUUAGCACGGAAAAGUCACAAUGGUUCUCCGGGGUCAACAAUAUCAUCUACAUGUUCGCCACCCUCAUCUGCGUAUUCACCCUCGACCGUAUCGGCCGCCGGAUGACCCUCUUCUGGGGCUCGAUCGUGCAAGGCAUCGUCCUCUUCCUCGCCGGCGGUUUCUCCCGCCUAGGCCUGAACGCUACUGAGUCGGGCAACACCUCCGCCGCAGGGUCAUACGGGAUCGUCGCGGCUUCGAUGAUAGUAAUCUUCACCGCUACCUUCGGAGCGACCUGGUUGACCGUCCCCUGGUUGUACCCAGCUGAGAUCUUCCCGUUGGCCGUGAGGGCGAGGGGGAACGCUUUAGGGGUCGUAGGGUGGUCCAUCGGGAACGGCUGGCUCACCUUGCUACUCCCGGUAUGUUUCGAAAAGAUAGGAGAAAAGACGUAUUACCUCUUCGGCAUCGCCAACGCCAUCAGCAUCCCCAUCGUCUGGGCCUUCUACCCCGAAUCGAAUCAACGCACGUUGGAAGAGAUGGACCUGCUGUUCGCCUCGUCCAGUCCCUUUACCUGGGUUGCCGAAAAGAAUUUCGCUCGGUACAAGGACGAGCGGGAUAGGUUGGUCGCUGGUGCGGCCGAAAGGAACGUGGACGACACGCCGGGCAAGGUCGGGGCGAGUAAGGUGGAGGAUGCUCAUUUCGAAGAGCGAGUUUGA